AUGGGAUCAAUUUCCAGACUCUCGGAAGCAUCAACGAACUGCUGGCUUCAAUCAGGCUUUAUCCUGGUAGAUAAACCGGGCAGGGAGACAAGAGUAUGCCUCAAUGGAGGAAUCCUAAAGCCGCUACAGCUGUACACGUUUCCAUGCAAGCUAGAAGCAGUGGGGACGGCAAUUCAGAUGCUCAAGAAAGGAGAUCUGCUCUACAAGUUCGAUGACAAAAAAGGUUUCCAUCAGCUGCCACUCUCCGAGGAGAGUAGAAAAAUGGCAUGCUUCGAAUGGGGAGGCCAAAGAUUUAGAAACAACAUCCUGGCAUUCGGACUCCCGGCAGCUCCAGGCAUCUACCAAUUAAUGAAUCUCUGCGGCGUAAAUUUCCUGCGGAAAAAUGGCAUCAAAAUCACGCUCUACUUGGACGAUAGACUCCUAAUCGUCACACCAGCAUCAGAUAAAGAAAGAAAGCAGCUCCUGGAAGGGAAACAAACCAGCAGAGAAGUCUGGGCAACAGCAGCAACUCUAGUAGCUCUGGGCGGCUACGUAAACAUCGAAAAGAGUACCUUUCUACCGACUCAGCGAAUAGAAUUCCUCGGCUUCAUUCUUGACACAGUCAAGGAAACAGUGGAAAUCCCGCCGCAAAGAUGGAACGCGCUAAUUUCACUGAUGAACGAGGCCCUGGAAAAGCAGCUAGUGGAAAUGAAGCUGCUAGAAAGAAUCAGGGGAACAAUGGCAAGUAUGGCGGAGGUUUUUCCCAACAUGAGGCUUCUCAUAAGACAGACGACGCUUCUGAUAAAGCAGGCCGACAACAAGAACCAAGAGAAGAUCCAGCUCACGCGCCAAAUCAAGGCGGAAUGGAACAGGUGGCGGAAGCUAGAAGAAAAGGGCCUCUCAAGAAUCUGGACGCAGCACAGCCGCCAAGACACGGGUAUAAUCAUUUACACCGACGCGUCAUCACAUGCAGGGGCAAUAGUAAUCGAACAAUGGGCGCUCGAAGAAAAAUUCGCCUGGGACGAGGAAGCGGCCGAUAAACACAUAUGCAUCAAAGAAGCACUGGCGAUCCUCUACGCCGUGGAAUGGUACGGCCCAAAGCUCGAAAACAAACGAGUUCUUUUCCUCUGCGACAACGACUCAGUAGUCCAGGGAAUAAUCGCAGGAAGUAAAGACCUAGAAAUGAACGACAUCCUGGUCAGAAUCUGGGAAGCAGCACAAAAAUUCAGCAUCGACCUGAAAUGCGACUGGGUUAGCACCAAAAAGCAGCUAGCAGAUGCGCCGUCAAGAAUCAUCGACUCAAGAGAGCAGCGCCUUACGGCCAACGGCUUCGCAUAUCUUCAAUCUCAUCUCUCAGAAGCGCUUGAUGUCGACGUGGCAGCAACGAAUCGAGCCAAAGCAGCUAGAAUGGCAGAACGCCAAAAUGUGUUGUCCAUGGUGAAAGAGCACCUAGCAUCAACGCAGCACGAUACGAAGACAAGAGCGGCCCGUUUCGCCAUCACGCAAGCUGACUACGAGGCCGAAAAAACAGCUCCAGAGACCUCGGGCGAUAUCAAACGGCUGCAACUUGAAAUCGACGAUAUCCGCGGCGACCUGGCAAUGCACGAUUCUAUCACCGAUGAACUCAUCGCCGAGAUGAAGACGCUCGCAGAAAACCGCGAAAGAAGCAUCGCCAUUAAAGCUGCUGAACCUAACGCAAGGAAGCGUUCAGCAGAGGACAACCAGUUCUACGACAAGAACAAUCCGAAGGAGAUCGGCGAAGUUCUGGAGAAGCUAAGCAGCAAGAAAAUGGAACGCUACAACGCGAAAUCCGGUAUGCUCAAAGCCAUCAAGAUUCGCGAAGCAGAAAUCGCCGAUCUCACCUUCAAAAGAGGGGAAACAGCAGCAACUCACAAAGAAGUCGACCCCAUUACGGGCAAAAUAUCCUACUACAAGACCCAGGUAGCGGCCGUUGACCUCAACCAACACGAGGGCGAGAACAUCGACGAUAUGGGCCGCUUAUUCCGCCAGUUUGUCACGGACCCAAAGAAGCAACGAAGCUUCAAGGGAUCCGAGCUUCUCGAGCUUCUCCGACGCUAUAAAGAAGCCAUGGGCCCAGAGCACUCGGCGAAGCCGGUCGUCUCAGCCAUUAUCGACACCCUUAUCAGAAUGCCCGACAUGCCAAGACGAAACGCGCUGCUCAGAUGCGCAUCUCUUAUGACAGCUUCUACCCAGCACGAUUUCGACUACAUGCUUAGCAUGAACUGGACAACCCCGCACCACAAAAAGUGGAUGCAAGCGGCCAUGGACGGUUCAGAAGACUGGCGUCACACCGGCAAAGACGGAAGCAGCAGAAAGGGUCGCCGAGGCGGCUACAACGACUACGGAACGCACAAAAAGCAGAAGACGGAGCAAAGCAGCAGUCAGAAAUCUGACAGCUCGGAGGAACAAAAGGGCAAAAGCUCAAGAGGACGCGGAAGAGACAUGACAUGGUUAGAAUUUGAGCAUCUUAAAGAAAUCUGGGACGUCACAGAGGCACUCUCAAACCCUAACGAGGAAGAAAAGGAUGACGAAUCAAUCAUCCAGAAUUUCCUCGACAGACUCUUAGACAAACCGAAGCUCAAAGCCUACGCCUAUGGCAAAGGCGUAGUUAUCAUCCAGGACGUAGCAGCUGCGAAGCUCAAAAAGCCGCUCACUUCGAAGCUCAAAAGACAAAUAAAGCUCUGGUGCGAACGAAGAGCAAGAGAAUCGGCCAAAGAAUCCCUUCAGUACCCCAAGCAAGCCGAGAUACUUGACGAACCGGAAGCGGUGAAGCUCUGGAAGGGGCUAAUGGACACGGAUAAGCCCAAGCCGCGAGAAGUAGCCAUCGCCUUCUUCGUCACCUACGUCACAGGGGCAAGAAUGGGGGAAGCUCUCAGCCUCAGAAUCGAAGACAGAAGCAUCAUGAAGGAAGCCGCCAAAGAAUUCUGGCGUUUCCAUAUUAGAAGCAGCAAGACCGACCCAUUCUGUAAACGAAUGGAAACAAUCAACAUCCCAAUGGAUAUAAAACACGGGGUCCCACUUGCGCAAGAACUGCGACACCUAGUCCGGGACAAAGACUCAGGGCUGCUCUUCCCGCUGCUCGAAGAAAAAACCAGCAUCGCAGGCGACUACCUCAGACGCUACAGCGACAAAGUAGGAAUCGGCAAAAAGGUUUCAGCACACUCAGGCCGCGUCAGUUUCUACAUCGAAGGCCGCCGAGCCGGCCAAACCCAGACAACGCUCACCCACACAAUGCGCUGGGCACCGGGAAGCACGAUGCCAGACUACUACGAGCGAUGCUGGCUCGAGUGCGCGGAAGACGGAGCACCAGCAGCCAUCGCAGAAGCAAGAGCAGCAAAGAGACGCAUCACCAACCCUGCAAGCACUCCAGUGCCCAGUGAUGACGAGGAGGCCGAAGUCCCCGCCAAAAAGACACGAACAGACAGCAGCCUCGGCAGCAGCAAAAACGAAAGUGCGGACACGAUUCAGCACGAAAACUGA